ACAAGCCAGUCGCCCUCAUUCAUGAACAACUUUAAAGUGUGAACAUCUUUCCAGAGCAUGUGAUGAAAGUUAUCAAGAAAUGUGUUAUGUAUAAAUGGCCUUAAAUAUUCACGUCGUAAUUUGAUUCAUGACGCCUGUCAUUACAUUUCCCGAAUAAUGUAAAAUUACUCAUUGAUUUCAUAGUUGCUUCAUCAAAAGAGUAUUUGCCGCAGUUAGUAAUGAUUUUUCACGCCACAGAAACAGCCAGAGGAUGGACUGCAGUGCUAUAAAGUGGGUGGGCAUAUUCUGACCUUAUCCCUUAGCUAUAAGUGUAGAAACGGUCUUGUCCAUGCGGACUUUGCGAGACUUAUGAGUGUGCUGAAUAUGAUUCCUCUGACAGCAAUGAAAUUACAGAUGUUGUUUGCUGUGUGUUUUGCACGGGCCUACCAAGAGAUACCUAAGUACCAGCACAGAGACCCUGUGACCUCUAAGGUGCUGCUUUGUGACCAGUGUCCACCUGGCACAGCUGUGAAACGCCACUGCAGCACUGAGGAACCAACUGUUUGUGCUCCCUGCCCAGAAAAAUGCUUUGCAGAGCAGUGGCAUUGGGGAGACAGCUGUCAGCAUUGUACAUCUGUCUGCAAGGAAAGGCAGAUUGUGCAAAGGGAAUGUAACAGCACUCAUGACAGGCUUUGUGAGUGUAUACCUGGAUAUCACCUAGUGGUGGAGUUUUGUGUCCGUCACACUGCCUGUUCACCUGGCUUUGGUGUCAUUGUGCAGGGCACACCAGAAAGGAACACUGUGUGUGAGAAGUGUCCCCCGGGUUAUUACUCCAGCACAUCUUCAUCCACUGAGCCAUGCAUACCCCACAGGAACUGCACUCAACUAGGCCUGAAGACUGUAAGACCAGGUACAGCCACCCAGGAUAUUCUGUGUGACACUGAGAAUAAAGAGUUCAACUUUAACUGCUCCCAUCAGCACACAGAUUGUCACAUCGACAUUACAUUAUGUGAGGAAGCAAUAUUUCAGUUCCUUGCAUCACCUCCUUUGGCUUCUUUCUCUGUGGAGCAUCUUUCUGAGAGCCUUCCAGGACGCAAGGUGGACUGGAAGAGUGUUGAGAGGCUGAAGAAAAGCUGCAGUCCUCGGCAGCAAGCACUACAUCUGCUUCGUCUCUGGAGAGAACAAAAUAAGGACCAAGAGAAAGUCCUCAGCAUCAUCCAAGGUGUAAACCACUGUGAGAGGAAGGUAUCUCGCUGUGCCAGUGUAAAAAACCUUACUCUGGAAGACCUGUUGACCUUGAUGGAAAGUUUACCCGGGGAGAAAGUGAGCGAGGAAGAUGUUCGAGCCCUGGUCCGCUCCUGUCCCUCACAACAUCACAUCCUGCAGCUUCUACACCUGUGGAAGAUUCAGAAUGGAGGUCAGGACCUGGCCAAAGCUUUAUCUUACAGUCUCCGCAAACUACAUUUGAAAGGUGCUCGCCGACCUCUUCUCAAAAUUCUGAAGAGGAUCAGUCGGAUUAUUAGUGCGUCAACCAUAUACCGUAUGUAUGAAAAAAUUAUUGUUAACAUGAUCCAGGACAAUACAUGUUUCAAAACUAAACUGUACAAUGACUAAUUAUACUUUAUCGAAGGACAAUUGAAACAAGUUAUUUAAAUGAUAGAGAAGUUGUAUAUAAUUUUUGAAAAUUGUGAGCUAAAAGAGGGAAGACCUUUCUUAUUUUCUUGUGGCCUGUUAUUUUUGUUUUUAUAUUGGACUGAAACUAAGAAUUUGAUUCCAAAAUGGAAAUAUAAGCCAAGUUCUACAGGAAAGUCAACUUUAAUUUAGAAUAUUGCUUGACCUGCCAAGUCUCUAAAAAUUUGCUUUAAUGAAGUUGUAAAUAAUGGAAUUUGGUCUUGAAUGUAUAAUACAAUGGAGAGCAGUUAUGUUAUAUUUAACUGUAAUUAUAUGUUGUCAUAUUUUGUUUUCUUUAUAACAGUUUUAAAAAUAAAAUAUUAUUUGCUGAAGGCUAUUUGUCCAUACAGGGAUCACUAGACUAGCUUAAGGCCCCCAGUUACCAUUUAGUUAUUUAUUGUUAUCUAUUGCCUACUGAAACUUGUACGUUUCUCUUGUCACUUAAUGACUUUAAGGCAACAGUCACUAGUGAUGGUGGGGUCUCGACAGACAAGUGCGCAGGGACCUUGCAGGACCAUGUUCUGACCCAGUAACCAUGACAAGCUUGUGAACUCUUUAAAACUUUUUGCGCUGGAUAUUGUAAUCAAGCUAAUAACUAAUUCACUUUUAUAAUUUAAUCUCUCAGACACCCUAAGAUGUGCUUAUUGUUUGAUGUCCAUUUCUCAUUCUAAAACUUCCAGUGUAAAUUAGCUUGUUUUUUUU